GGCACCACAGCAAUACACUAUGCUGCAGCCCAGCCGGGGGCAGCAUUGGAGAUACUUCUCCCUUUUGCAAAGAAUGUAGACCUGCCAGAUAACGACGGGUCAACACCUUUAAUCCUUGCCGCAGUCCGUGGCCAUUGCCGGAGCGUGCGGGCUCUCCUCAAGGCCGGUGCCAAGGUAGAUGCUGUUGAUCCAUGGAACCAAACAGCACUGUUCACUGCGGUUGAUGUUGGCUCAGUAGAUGUUGUUCGAACACUUCUUGAAUUUGGGGCCGAUCCUAACAUUUCAUCUAUCAGCGGCCAUUCACCACUUGCACUAGCUACAGGGAAGAACAACUCCGAAAUGGUUGAAAUCUUACUGGAGUUCUCAGCG